UUGCAGGCUAUUUGUUGUAGUUGUUUCAUUCCUGUUUAUGGUGGCUUUGUUUACCCAACAUUUCGUGGUGAGAUCUACAUUGAUGGGGGCGCUAGUAAUAAUCAACCAGUCAUUGAUAUGGAUACGAUCACUGUUUCACCAUUUUCCGGUGAAACUGAUAUUUGUCCUGCAGAUGAGGAAAGUGCCAGUUUGUUUGAAUGGAAUUUUGCUGGCACAUCAAUCCGUUUAACCACAAAUAAUUUAUAUCGCGUUGCUGUCUGCCUCUUUCCGCCUUCAGCUGAAGAAUGUGCCUCAAUGUGUCGAAGUGGUUUUCGUGAUGCUGUGAAGUUUUUAAUCAGCAAUGGUUUUGCAUCAAAGGCAGUUUGCUUUUCGGUAGAAGCUGAUUUAUCAGCUGACCUAACUCGAAUAACAUCAGGUACAUCAUCCACUGAAUUUUGUUUGGAAUCCUCAGUCCAUCACAAUCAAUUGGAACAAAGUAGAAAAGCAGCAAUAGUUUUAGCUCGUGUGCCUACUUCAUCCUGUUUAAAUCUUAAAAUCGAAAAAGUGAAGGAUCGUUCUGAUAUUGUGGCAGGAUCUACUCAAUUGCCGCACUCCCUGCAAAUUGCGUUUGAUGAAGCGUUGGGUAAUGGUGGUUUCCUGGGUUAUAUUCGUUCGUUUCGAGUUGUGAAGCUAGCUAAUUAUGCUACUCUACCAUUGACUACUGUUUUUCAGUUGCUAAAGUUUUGUCAGUGUCUAAGCUCGUGGCUUGCUAUCCGCAUCACAAAGCACAUUAUUGAUGAUUGGUAUAGCAUGAGAAUCAAACACUUAGUGGAAUUUAUUAUUAAUGAACUUGAUGCACAGGGAGCUAAAGUUUCUGCUAGACUGAGCCAGCAACUAGCUAUCACUGAAUUUGAGUUCAGUGGGAUAGGUCAGCGACCUGUAGUUCGUGAACAAGUUCUUGAUAUCAGUUUAUCAUCUGAGGCCAUUAAAGAACGAGAAGCGUUGCAAAACAUGGAUAGAUUACUGUCAAAAAAGUCAAUUGAAGAAGUUUGUCAAUUAUCUCGAGAAAAAACAGAUUCUUUCACAAAACUUAAGUUUCCAUUAAUCAUCAAGCAAUUUCUAGAUUUCUUAUAA